AAAAUAUGAAAAAAAAAAUAUAAAAAUGAAGAGUGAAUAAAGAUGAAAAGGGGAAGAAAAUAAAAGAGGUGGGAAUAGCAGCAAAUUCAAUUUUCAGUUCUUGAAUUUUAAUUUACUCAGAAAAGAGAAAGAGAGAACAAUUUCUCAGAGCUUUCAACAAUGGAGGCAGUAGUAGUGGAUGCUGGUUCUAAAUUUCUCAAAGCUGGUUUCGCUAUUCCAGAUCAAACUCCUGCUAUGGUAAUACCAACCCAAAUGAAACGCAUUGCUGAAGAUGAUGAAGGUUCCUUGUUUGAGGAGGAGGAAGUGGCUGUGGAUCCCAUUGAGAGGGGUUUCGUUAAAGAUUGGGAUGCAAUGGAAGACCUGUUGCAUCAUGUUCUUUAUUCUGGUCUUGGUUGGGAAAUUGGAAAUGAAGGUCAAAUUUUGUUCACUGACCCGCUCUGCACUCCCAAGGCUAUUAGGGAACAAUUGGUGCAGUUGAUGUUUGAAACAUUCAACAUCUCGGGGUUUUAUGCCUCUGAGCAGGCAGUACUGUCGCUUUAUGCAGUUGGACGCAUAUCUGGCUGUACUGUUGAUGUUGGUCAUGGGAAAAUUGAUAUUGCACCUGUCAUUGAGGGUGCUGUUCAGCACAUAGCAUCAAGAAGGUUGGAAGUUGGGGGAUUGGAUUUGACAAAGCUACUAGCAGAUGAGCUUAGUAAAUCAAAUCCCACAGUGAAACUCAAUAUUUCUGAUGUUGAAAAAUUGAAAGAGCAGUAUGCAUGCUGUGCUGAUGAUGAUAUUGCCUAUGAGAAGCUUCAACACUCUUGCCUGCAAGAGAAACAUACUCUGCCUGAUGGCCAGGUAAUCACAAUUGGAAAAGAAAGAUACACUGUUGGAGAGGCAUUGUUUCAACCAUCUAUAUUAGGCAAUGAUACUCAUGGAAUAGUUGAGCAGCUUGUUCAUAGUAUUUCGUCUGUGUCAUCUGAAAAUCAUCGCCAGCUGCUAGAGAACACGGUACUUUGUGGUGGCACUGCUACUUUAACCGGGUUUGAAGAUCGGUUUCAGAGAGAAGCUACCCUUUGCUCAUCAGCAGUUCGUCCUUCGCUUGUAAAGCCUCCAGAAUAUAUGCCAGAAAACUUGACUUCAUAUUCAGCAUGGAUUGGUGGUGCUAUACUUGCCAAAGUUGUCUUCCCUCAAAACCAGCACAUAACCAAAGCUGAUUACGACGAGAGUGGACCUUCUGUUGUUCAUCGAAAAUGCUUUUAAACGCGACACAUUUGAGUACAGUACGCGUUCCAUCGACUUCUUGUUUAUUGUUAAUGCAGUUGCAGUUGCAGUAGUCUUGUACAAUUUCUUAGUUUAAAACUAAGAGGCUUAACUUCAGUUGAUAGUCUCAUCUUGGUUAUUUUGCAAGGGAUUUUAUUUUAUUUUUUAAUUUUUGGCAACCACCUUAUGAGAGUGGUAUGAGGAUUGAACCUAUUCAUCGUUAACCAGAGAUCUCGGAUUUUAAUAGACUUACUCCGUGUAUUCUGAAUAGUUUCGGAAGUUCUUUUUUUUGCUUUUUUACAUAGUAUGAUUCUAAUUAUUUUUUACAAUGGUAAGAGAGGGUUGAUUUUAA